AGCAGGGGCGGACUGACCAUUUGGAAACUCAGGCACUGCCCGAGGGCCCGAGGUCAGUAGGGGGCCCCAUGAGAUGCCCCUGGUACCUUUUUCAUAGGCUUUUUUGAGUUUGGGCAAGGACACAGGGGCCUCAUGAUCCCCUCUUGCCCGGGGGCCCCAUGAGUUGUCAGUCUGCCCCUGCCUGUCAGCAUAUCUGCUUGCUCAUACACAUAUCUGCUUGCUCAUACAGUAUGUACUGGGCAAGCAGAUAUACUGACAAGAAGAAUCAAUGAACUACCAUGGCA